AUCAUUAGCAACAUAUCGUGAAACUGAUCCGCUCGGGUGGUGCUCGUCGGCGCUUUUGUUCCGCUUCCGUCGGCGUCUCACUCCCCUUUGUGUGAUCACCUCGCCGGCACCGCCUUAGGACGGGACUGUAACAGGUGUUCCUCUGCCACUUUAGGCUGCGGGUUGUCUACUGCGAUUGUCUCAGUGCUUCUUCGAGUGGAAUCCGAGUUUGAGUAAGAUUUAAGUAAAUGGUGUUAUGCGUUAUAGCUGUGUGAUGGUGGAAAGUGAGGAGCAGCGAUCGAGGGACAUGAAUGAAAAAACCUCCUACACUGCUCAAGUGAUUUUUUGCUGCUCUGUAAUUAAUUCAGUGUAUUUAUUGUGGUGAAAUAUCAGGCAGAGUAGGCCCUCGUUCCCAUUUAUCUUUUUCUAUGAAGAAAAAAUUUCCUAGCAGCUGCGGCGCUGGGAAGUCUUCGGAAAAUUUUAGUAGUCGACGGGGAAGUUGAUAGCGGCUUCAAACCACGCACUAAGAAGUAGAGGAGCCCUUCGUCAGUGCGGCCUUUACAGAAAUAAAAAUGUCAGCCUGAAAAUGUGAAUCCAUGAUUAAUUAGAUGCUGAUCAAAGAUCGAAUCUGAAAACUCUGGAGGUUGACAGUUUCCCCCUCCCCCGCUUUUUUUUUUUUUUUUGCCACAAGUGAAAUAUGAGUUCAGUACUUGAGGUGAAGCUGAGCAUUAUGAGAUAAACCUGAAGGGCGGGCGUGCAAGACACAUGGUUGUGAAGCGUUGUGAAGAGAGAAUAAGGAAAAGGUGAAUACAGUCGUGUUAUCCAAGAAAACUAUUAAAACAGCGUUACACCACAAGAAAUUUUCGUGCAUUGGAUGAGCCUGAUGGUGGUGCCCGGUGAAUGAAGGCUUGAAGGCGAGGUUCCGCUGGUGGCGAGUGGCGGCAUGAAGGAGGCACCGUGGCGGCGGAGUAGGAGGAGCGUCGUGACGGUGUCCUGGACGUCGCGCAAUGCCGGACUCGCCGUCAUGGCAAAGAACCGCCAUUUUGCCCUCAGACCCUGACAACUGCAGUGCGUCGUGGCACCGCCGAGCACCAGCCUCUGAGUGGCGAGCAUGAGCCGUUGCAUCAACCACUACCAUCGUCCGCUGCGGUGAAGAUGACGCGGAUCUACCAGUAUAUUAUCCCCUACGCCAUCCUCCUCGCCAUCAUCAACUCCUAUACCCACACCAGGGCGGUGUCUUCAGCAGGGGUCCUGGGCGCCCACCUGCUGUGCUCGCGGUUGCCCGGCCUCACCCCCCGCCAGAGCCGCAUCUGUUCGCGGGCGCCUGACGCCAUGGUGGCCAUCAGCGAGGGUGUGCGGGCGGGCCUGCGGGAGUGCCAGCGCCAGUUCCAGCACCACCGAUGGAAUUGUUCCCUCACCACCACUGGCACCAGCGCGUUUGGCCACGUCGUCCUCGUGGGGAGCCGCGAGGCUGCUUACACGUACGCGGUUACCACGGCCGGGGUGACCCACAGCGUGACGGCCUCCUGCGCCCGAGGCAAUAUCUCCGCUUGUGGGUGUGACGACCGGAAGAGAGGACGGUACAGCUCCUCGGGGUGGAAGUGGGGCGGUUGCAGCGCAGACAUUAGAUUUGGAGUAAGGUUCGCGCGCAAGUUUUUGGAUGCCCGCGAGGUGGAAGGGGACGGCCGCGCCCUCAUGAACCUCCACAACAACAGGGCGGGACGCAGGGCGGUGCGUGGCGCGAUGAGGACCGAGUGUAAGUGCCAUGGGGUGUCUGGCUCCUGCACCGUGAAAACCUGUUGGAAGACGCUGCCGCCCUUCACUCUCAUUGGAAAACACCUUUUCCACAAGUAUAAGAAGGCCAAGUCUGUCACUGUGCAUAAGAGUCGCAGAAGAUCAUCGCUUCACCUGCGGCUAAUGCGGGCUAAGAGGAGAGGACGGAGGCCUCGCAAGUCUCAUUUGGUCUAUUUAGAAAAGAGUCCCAAUUACUGCCAAAUGAACCCCGCAGUGGGCUCGCUUGGCACAGCUGGCCGCAGUUGCAACAGAACUUCGCCAGGGGCGGGCGGAUGUAACUUACUAUGCUGUGGCCGCGGCUACAAUACUCACCAGUACACACGUACGUGGCACUGUAACUGCAAGUUUUACUGGUGCUGUUACGUACAGUGUAACACCUGCAUGGAGGACGCCGAGGAACACACGUGCAAGUGAACUCCGCGAUGCCAUGGUGGUGAUGUUGUGGGUUUGUUGUGUCACUGUAAGGAAAAUUUUCGUCCUUCACAGAAUGGCACAAAGGACACACUUUUGUUCACCUAAGGCCAAGUUCGGAAAUGAUUUUUGUAAAAGCUUUAAAAGUGACGUCGUGGGAGCACCCAACUGUUGGGAAGCAUUGCUUGCAACGCCUAGCUGGAGGUGUGGGUCGGUGGAUGAGCGUCCACGAGAUGGUUGCUUUCGGACGUCCCUUCUCCAGUUUAGCAACUCCACCGACACCUCACAACAGUGAAGUCUUCGUUCCUCCGUGCGCCGGUCACUAGUUCGUGCACAGUCAGAGAACAGUAUCAAGUUCCAGUGUCAGUUGGAAUCAGGAAAUGAAGUGUGAACUCAUGGCCUACGAUCUUCACUUGGGGUCAACUCACUGUUCUGCCCUUGAGGCAGCAGUUGGCUGAACGCCACUGACACUUUCACAGUGUCUAAACAAUUUGAGGAUAUUCAUAAUGUGUUUCUGGCUUGGAAUGUAUUGAGUGCUGUGAGAAUAUUUGCAUAUCAUUCCUUGAGUUAUUUACUACGAGGCUUUGUGAACAAUGGAGUCUCAACAGCCGCAAAGAGAAGAGCUUUCAAAUAUAUUUUUUACAAUAUAUGUGAAAUUACAUA